GAGCGCAUGACCACUUAAACAUUGCUUUAACGCCUGGCUUCAACGUUUAUUAUUUCUUCUCGGGUUUAAUACUUUUGUCAAGCAGUCUACUCUGACACGCACAAUUUCUUUUAUUGACUGAACAUCUCGCCAGAUAGCCUUAUGGCCAACUGUUCAACAGAGGCAGAAAUACCUCUGAAUCAAAUCGACGGCGAUCCUGAAGUGAAUACGUCUGGAAAAGGAGAAUUUAAAGGAAUAUUCUUCGACAAAGUCAAACUAAUAGCUGCGGCCGUUGUUCUAGUUAUCUUGUUGAUCAUUAUUAUUGUCCUUGCCGCCGUCCUUGGUCAAGAGCGUGCUAGAAGAGGAAAAGAUGAGAUCCAUCCCGGAGGUGAGACUGAGGAGGAGAAAGAAGGCGGGAGUCCGACCCCUCCUGGCCCAACUACAGCAGGCCCAGAGCCCUGGUGGAGAAUUCGGCUUCCUGAUAAUGUGAUACCAUUUCAUUAUGAUCUCACCUUACACAUCGACAUGAAUAAGCCGAACUUCAAAGGCAAAGUGAAAAUUUGGUUCAAUGUCACGAGUCCCACGCCUUACGUACUAGUUCAUGCUCUCGACAUGAACUUUACUGCAAAUGAAGUCAGGAAACUUUCCGGCGGGCCCAUUCCGAUCAAGCGAUAUUUCAAGUUUGAAAAGAAUCAAUUCCUCGUCACAGAGCUAGAGACGUCAUUGGAUAGAGAUCAAUAUACUAUGACAUUGGAAUACUCUGGAGAAUAUGGAAAAGACCUGAGGGGAAUGUACAAAUCCUCCUUCAUAGACGAGAAUGGAAAGGAAUCAUUUUUCACCGCCACUCAAUUUGAACCCUUGAGAGCGCGCCGAGCGUUUCCAUGCUUCGACGAGCCCGCGAUGAAGGCGACUUUUAACGUGACUCUGGUUCAUGAUCCAAAUCUAAUCGCUUUGUCCAACAUGCCAAUCUAUCGAAGCCAAAUUGAUGAUGGAUGGAAAUAUGAUCACUUCAGAAAGACGGUCAAGAUGUCUACUUAUCUGGCCGCCUUUGCCGUGGGUGACUUUAAGUACAAGGAGACCAAAACAGGCAGUGGCAUACAGAUAAGAGUGUACGCAAGACCAGAUGUUCUUGAUCAAGUGGACUACGCUUUAAAAGUGUCAAACGAGACAUUUAUAUACUUUGAAGAGUUCUUUGGUGUUCCAUAUUCGUUACCAAAGUCAGAUGGAAUCGCACUUCCGGUAUUUGGUCCUUCCGGAAUGGAAAACUGGGGCCUUAUUAAAUACCGUGAGACAAAUUUGCUGUUAAUGGAAGGUGAGACUUCAUCUUCGUCAAAAGAGAGCAUCGCAAAACUAGUGGCUCAUGAAGUAGGACAUCAGUGGUUUGGUAAUAUUGUUACCAUGGAAUGGUGGACAGAUCUGUGGUUAAACGAAGGAUUUGCUACUUACGUCAGUUCGAUUGGAAUGGAUCACGUUCAUCCCGAAUGGAAUAUCAUCGACCAGUUUAUCGUCAUAGCAGUUCAAGAUACUUUGCAGCUGGACGGAUUAGCAAGUUCUCACCCAGUUAGGAUUCCUGUUGAAGAUCCCCAGAAAAUUGGAGAAAUCUUUGAUGCCAUCUCGUACAAAAAGGGUGCUUCCAUUUUAUUGAUGCUUCAUUAUUAUCUAGGAAACGAAGUAUUCCGCGAUGGAUUAAAGAGAUAUCUUACCAAGCAUGCUUAUGCAAACGCUGAAACAGACGACUUAUGGAAUGCAAUGACAGAGGCAAAUAAGGCUGCUGGAAAGACGAUGGACGUAGGCAAGAUAAUGAACACCUUCACGCUGCAAAUGGGGUACCCUGUGGUAACCAUAACAGCCACAGAAACACCAAACACGUAUCAAGCAACCCAAGACCGUUUUCUUUACUACAAAGAUCCAAAAGCAAACUACUCGUCUUCCCAGUACAAUUACAAGUGGGUCAUUCCAUUUACCUACUACACUGGAUCAAGAAAAUCUAAUAAUCCUCCAACAGAUACGAUGUCAAAAAUAAUAGACAAAGAAACAGUUAGUUUGAAUUGGGAUGGAAAUGGAUGGAUAAAAGGAAAUAUUGGGCAGACUGGUUUCUACCGCGUCAAUUACGAAGAAAAAAACUGGGAUAUGCUGGCUGAGCAGCUUAAAAAUAAUUACAAGGUCUUUAACGCCACAGAUCGCGCAGGGCUUAUAGAUGAUUCAUUCAACUUGGCCAGAGCCAACUUAUUAAAUCACACAAAACCUCUUAGUAUAUCAAGUUAUCUGGACAAGGAAGAGGACUACGUUCCAAUGCUAUCCGCGUUGAGAAAAUUUUCACAUAUAUUAGAGAUCGUUCCCUCCACGAGACCAGCCCACAAAUAUUUACAGAUGUAUGUGGAAUAUUUAACAAAGACUCAGUACGACAAGCUUGGAAUCAAAGAUCAAGGAACGCAUCUUGACAAAUUUCUGAGAACUAUUCUCCUCGAUGCUAAUUGUGAGGCUGGGGUCAGGUCAUGUCUGGGAAAUAUGACGAAAAUGUUUCAAGAAUGGAUGAAUGACCCGGUCAAGAACGCUGUACCAGCAGAUCUCAAAGCCUUAGUUUACCAUUUUGGAAUAGUGACUGGUGGAGAGAAGGAAUGGAACUUCGCUUACAAUCAGUUUAAAACUACGACUGUAAUCUCAGAUAAAAAUACACUGCUUUACGCCAUGGCAGGAUCACAACAGCCUUGGAUUAUCCAGAGGUACUUGGAGUAUACUUUGGAUCCCUCGAAAAUCUCUCCCCGCAAUCUAGUUUAUGUGAUGUACUACAUUGCUAAAAGUAACGAAAUGGGUGCCAACGUAGCGUGGAAUUUCUUCCAGUUGAAAUGGAAUGCAAUAUCCAAAAUGUAUGGAGGUUCGUAUAUGACUUUAAGGCGUUUUAUUCCUUUCGUGUCCAGGCGAUUCUCUACAGAUUUCGAGUUACAGCAGCUGCUUGAUUUCAUCCAGACGGUAAAUAAGGGUGGACCCUUAUCAUGGACGGUGCAACAGUCGAUAGAAAAAGUAAAAGAAAAUAUACAAUGGCGAAAAACCAAUGAGAAUGACGUUGAGUCCUGGUUAAAGGAUUUCUUUGCUCAAAAGUCCAAGAAAGAUACUGAUGACGGUUUUACUGAUCCGGCAAAAUAGGCGACGAAUUCCUCUGAAUAAUCAUGAUUACACUACCUUCAAAAACUCAUUAAUAAUUCAUAAUCCCAUUAACCUAUUAAAUGGUAGAUAAUACAUCACGUGCAGUGACUUUAUAUCGAUAAACCUCAUCCUUAUUAGUAUGCGGUGUUUUAUCAGAUAUAAAGACACUGCACGUGACUUAUGAAUAAUUAAUUAUCAACACAGAAACUGACACAACAAAUGGUGGGAACAUAUUUAAUGUUCUUUCAACAAAUUUCACACAGUAAAUUUACUUUUGUACCAAAUUAAUAGUACAGUUGUGAAAUACACAUCUGGAAAAAUUCUCUAUUCCAUUAGUACAGUAAUCUGGUAAAGGCACAUUAGACAAUACAUCAUCUGAAACUUCGAAUUCAAGAUUAGUUGGCAGAAGUGACUCCAACUCGUUUUCGCUAACCUCUGCGUUUGACCUUUUCGUAUGCUAAUUUAUAACGUUCACAAAAGCAUAAUUGUUAUGAACUCUCUUGACACACGCUUUUCCAAGAAUGUUUUUGAAGCCGUUCAAAAAACUCGCAGCACGUGUUUUAUCGGGUCAAAAACCACUCGGCUACGCCUCGUGGUUUUAAACCCGAUAAAACACUCCUGCUCGUUUUUUAAACAUUACAUAAAUUUAGACGCAAAAAUAUUGCUUCGCGUGCAAGAAGUUCAAGAACUUUAUCACUGUGACCCACUUGUUUAUUUAAGGCUUUAUGUGCGAGUUUACCACUUCAAUUAUUUCUUGUAUCCUUUGAUAUUUUCAUAUGAAUAGUAGCUAAACUUUUCAAUUGUA